UCAACCUGCUCUCAGCUGCCACUGCUCCUCCUCUUCAUCACAGACUCACCUCCUCCUCCUCCUCCUCCUCCACCAACUCUACAGCAUGGCGGCGCUGUGGCUCCAGUCUGUCUCUCUGCUGGUCUUACUGAUCGUAUCGUGGCCGGGCUCCCAGGCCGUCGCCCCCCCGCAGCACCUUUGCGGCUCGCACCUGGUCGACGCCCUGUACCUGGUCUGUGGGGACAGAGGCUUCUUCUACAACCCCAAGAGAGACGUCGACCCUCUGCUGGGUUUCCUCCCUCCCAAGGCGGGUGGAGCUGCGGCGGCGGGCGGUGAAAACGAAGUGGCCGAGUUCGCCUUCAAGGACCAGAUGGAGAUGAUGGUGAAGCGAGGCAUCGUGGAGCAGUGCUGCCACAAGCCCUGCAACAUCUUCGACCUGCAGAACUACUGCAACUGAACGGCUCUCCGCCCGGCUUCCUUCCCCUCCCCCACCCUCGCAUCGAAAGAGCGGCAGUGCUGUCCUCUCUCUGAAACCCUGCUGACAAAUGAAGUCUUCACAAAUGGAUGAAAUUAUUUUUCCUAGAAAAUAAAGUUUUGUGAAUUGAGAAAA